AUGAACAGCAACGAAAUGGACGCGGCGUUGAUGGUGUUUGUAAACUGCCUGGGAGCGGUGAUCAUGGUGUCCGUGGUGGGGUUCCACUAUCUCACAGCCAAACCCAAGGACGCUGAGCUAUAG